GCGGAGCGGAUGGAGAAUGCCUUUGAUGCGAAAUGAAACAUGGAGUCACAUAAUGAUUCAAAACUUUAGAAGCGAACAAACAAUUAAGAUCCAAAUGUUAACGAUAAUCUUUUCCUCACCUUUAUUAAUUCCUUCUGAUACAACCAUUUAAGCGAAGUUUUCUGUAAGGACAGAAAGGAUUGAAUAGAGCCUAUGAUAUGGAAGAAAUAGAGUUAACAAAGCGAAGAUCGAACGCAAGUCGUGCCGCCACAAGUUUGAAAAAUGUCAACGUCAAAGAAAUAGAUAAUGACAAUAGCAGUCUCAAAAGUCAACCGUUUUAUACUGGCAGUAACUCAGUCGAUGAUGGCAAUAAUAAUGAUAAUGAGCUUGAGGAAAUAAACGAUUUGAAGCCAAAUAGAAACACUCUUAGAGAACGCCUAAAAUUCAAAACUCCAGCGGUUCCUUUGAUACGAAUGAUACUGAAGGGCUCUAUUGCGCUUUUGAUUUCAUUGCUGUUUGUUUAUGUGGAUAAUCCUCGAAAUAAAAUAGGUCGAGCGAGUACAAUGGUCGUGACAUCGACUAUCUUAUCUUUUCCAUUUCGACCUUUAGGCGUACAGUUCGAGGCAACCGUUACAGGUUGUUUAGGAGCCAUUGGCGGUGCAGCGUGGUCUUUUCUGGGCAUGUAUUUAGGAAACCUCGCUCGUGAUCCAAACAUUUCUUCACCUGUUCAGCCAAAAUCAAGUGCAGUGCUUUCGAUUAUAAUGUAUAUUGGUGUAUUUAUUGUCACAUAUGCUCGUGUUAAAUUUGCGCAAGCAUACUGGGCAACAGUAUAUUCGAGCAUGGUUAUAGCUUUCGCAUUGACACAAGCCUCUGUUACCCCGGGUUUUGCGCCUGUCGUCGUGGUAAGUUCAAAGUCGUAAGAAUACGCCUUUUGCGGAACUUGCUAAAAACCUUCUCAUAUCAAUACAGUGGACAUUUACCAUACCCAUACUUCUUGGAAAUGCGAUUGGGUUAGUUGUGGAUGUGCUUUUAUGGCCGGCAGAUAGUAUUACAAAAUACUUGGGAGUUCUGAACCGAUCAUUAAAAAGUUACACUGGCUUUUUAGAUGAAAAUGUCAACGCGUUUUUUACACCUCAGGAAACCGACAAACUGUACACUUUACC